AUGAAUAUGAAUAUAUUAGGUUCAAUAGUGAUAUUGUUGUCAUGGGUGUGUGUAGAUGCUGCAGUGUUUCUGAGCAUCGAUUGUGGUGCUUCCGAUUCUUACACCGACAGCCUUUCCAUAAACUGGGUUGGAGAUGAUGACUAUGUGCACAGCGGCGAGUCCCAGUUGGUGGAGUUGUCCAGCUCAACCCCUCAUGUGGCCAGCACUCUACGAGUUUUCACAAGUCUAAGGAAAAACUGCUACACCAUCAACAGCGUUGACAUGAUAGGUCAACGGCUUCUGGUGCGCGCUAGCUUUUACUACGGAAACUACGACGGUAACAACUCUCCCCCGACCUUCGAUCUCUACUUUGACUCCACCUACUGGACGCAAGUCAACUUAACCGGGGUUUCCGAUGCCAUUGUUAAUUACGAGGUGAUAUACACUGUGAACAAAAACACCACCAGCAUAUGUCUUGCUCAAACCCUGCCUCGCCAGUUUCCCUUUAUAUCCGCACUCGAAUUCCGCAGUUUAGCUCCUAAAAUGUACACACGCGUUGCUUCUGAUUAUGCUUUGUUCAGGCAAAAGAGGCUUGCUUUAGGUGCACAACAACUCAUUAGGUAUCCAGACGACAGUUACGAUCGGAGAUGGGUACCCGGGUACGGUUUGUUUGCAUAUCAGGCGGAAGGUGAGGCGAGAAUAUCCAAGAUGGAUGUGAGUGGUGCAGAAGAUAAUCCUCCUGCAGCUGUAGUACAAAAUGCAACCACCGGCAAUAACACGUCCGAGUAUUUUGAAUUAUAUACAUACCUCCCAGACUUUCCAGUUCAAGUGUACAUCACCACCUUCUUCUCGGAGGUGGAUCCUGCAGCACUCACUUCACCCAACAAACGAUCCUUUGAGAUUUAUGUAGACGAGCAGCCUUAUUCCAAACCCAUCGUCCCACCUUUUGAGAGCGUAGUGGAAGUCGCCAUCACCAACAUCACUGCUUCUUCGAAAACAUCCAUCACUCUCCGCCCCACUGCUGAUUCCACCCUUCCCUUCCUCAUCAAUGCCUUUGAAGUUUAUCUCCUGUCUAAAGUAGGACCAGCAACUGAUACCAGAGAUGUGGAGGGACUGGCGGUACUACAAGUGCAAUUCGAGGUGUUAAUUAUAUGGAGCGGUGACCCUUGCUUUCCAUUAAGCUCUUCGUGGGAAUGGGUUCAGUGUAGCACAGGCACCAUUCCUCGUAUAAUUGCACUGAAUCUGAGUAGCUUCGAUCUGGUUGGUCCACUACCAGAUUUUAGUUCCAUGGGUGCCCUUGUCACAAUUGAUUUGCACGACAAUAGCUUAAAUGGUCCUAUCCCUGAUUUUCUUGGCUCCUUCCCGAAUCUAAAGCGACUGGAUUUGUCAAACAAUAGAUUCAACGGAACCAUACCCACCUCCUUAUCCAAAAACAAGAAGUUGGAAUUAGUUGUGACUGGUAAUUGUCUCUCUGGAAUGUCUUGUCCACCUCCACCUAAGACACCGCCUCAGACUCCACCGCCCCCUACGACUACUAGUACUGAGACUACACCACCACCACCUUAUAACAAUGACAGGACACCGCCGCCGCCAGAUGUAUCCCAAUUCGGUUCAGGUUCAGGUUCAGGAUCUACUGAUGAUAGCAAGAACAAUGCCGUGCUUUCUAUGCUAGUGGCAGCCACGAUUCAAGCUCUACUGUUAAUUACCUAG